AUGAGCUUCUCAGAUCUUUGCCUUCCAUCAGAAUCGGAGCUCGAGCUUAAUCAGCCUGUCCCUUUCUCUGUCCGCUUCAGCCAAGACUUGGUCCAGGUCACGCGACAGAAGCUCCAUCUUGCUCGCUUCCCGUUCGAGCAGAGCGACUUCGGUCCUGUAAAUUGGGCGCAGGGUGCAAAGGUGGCCGAGGUAAAUCGGCUGGCCCACUACUGGCGCGACAAGUACGACUGGGAAAAGCAAGAGAAAUACCUCAAUGACACGUUCAAUCAUUAUCUAGUGAAGCUUCAAGUGCCAGGCUACGGACCGCUGGUCUUGCACUACACGCAUGCGAAGUCAUCUAGCCCCCACGCGGUUCCCCUUCUCUUCUCGCAUGGCUGGCCGGGUUCUUUUGUGGAAGCAUCCAAAGUAGUCAUUCCUCUAAGCAGACCAGAAAAGUCGACCGAACCGUCCUUCCAUCUCGUGGCGCCCUCUAUCCCGGGAUUCGGCUUCUCUCCUGCGCCGACAAAGUCAGGAGUAGGUCCAGAGGUCGUGGCCCGGGCAUACAAGAUCCUCAUGACCGAGGUGCUCAACUACAAGUGGUUUGUGACCCAGGGCGGCGACUUUGGAUCCUUCAUCACCAGAUCGAUAGCCAUCCAGUUCCCGGGCAUCGUUCGUGCUCAGCACCUGAACAUGUUCCCUGUGCCACCUCCCACUCUGCGCUCAGCACCUGUCGCUUACCUACGCUGGUGCCUUUCUUCCCUCUUCUACUCCGAAUUCGAGCGGGAGGCUGUGCGCGUGAGGAAGAAUUUCGAGAUCGACCAGAGCGGCUAUCUAGAACAACAGAAAACCAGACCUCAGACUCUAGGAUUCGCUCUGGGCGAUUCCCCAAUUGGUCUGCUCGCCUGGUUCGUCGAAAAGUUCCACGACUGGGGUCAUGUCGACGGAGCCUUUGACCCUGACACAAUUAUAACCCUAGUCGUCAUGCAUUGGAUCCAAGGGGCGACGCCCGGCCUGAGGUUUUACCGCGAAGCUUUUGGUUCUCGCCGAGAGGCCGAGAGAACUUUUGAGACCUAUGUUGAUUGCCCCACUGGCGUCAGUAUGUAUGCGAGAGAACAGCUACAUUGCCCUAAGGACUGGGCUCAGCAGGCUGCCAAUAUCCAGUACUGGAAAGAGUAUGAAGUCGGGGGCCAUUUCUCAUCUCUGGAGUGUCCAGACGUGUUUGUUCAGGAUAUGAGAACAUUCUUCACUUCAAAGUCUGUACAAAAGUCAAUCAAGGCUACAGGAGGGAAGCUAUAG